AUGUCUGAUCAAAUUCCCUCCGCAACUGCUGACCCAGAAACCGUCGAAACUGCCCUUCCUUCAAACGCCGAAGAUCGCAAGGCCGCCGCCGCUCUCUCCUCCCUCAACACAAAUGAGAUCGCAACGGAGGGUGCCUCCGCCGGAGCUCCGCUUAGCGCAAACCAAGAAGCUCUGGGAAGGGCCAUGAGUCGGCUAGAAAUAGCUGCUGGACAGGGCUCAGGCAACAAGAAGACGGCUGAGGGACCGAAGACUGAUGGACUGAAAAAGAAGACAGUUAAGGUUGCUCCAGCUGAUGUUACACUGCUAGCUGAGCAGCUCGAUCUAAAUAAGACCAAAGCCACGGAGUUGCUCAAGGCUCAUGAUGGGGAUGCCACCGAGGCAAUGAAGGCAUUCAUUGCCCCAUCUGUUCAGGCGUGUUGA